UCAGUUGUCACUACCUUGUCAGCUGUCAUAACAACCAAAAUACAUGUGCGAAUGGUGAAUAUUCGGAUAAUUUUCAAGUUUUAUAGUUAAAAUAUAUUUUCAAUAAAGGAAAUAAGUAAUAAAUGAUAAAAAAGUAGAAGGGAAAAGCUUACUAUUAUUUUUACAUAUAAUGGUUAUAAUAAACGAAAUGAGUUUGCCAUCGGUUAAAGUAUCAGUUUCUAGCUCUGAGUCGUCUACUGAGGAAUCUGAAUACGAACAAGAGCUUUCAGACGAAGAUGUCGACAGUAGUAAACCUGAAAGUAUUUUGAGUGAAAAAGGUGAUGAAAGUGAAAGUAAUAAGGAAAGUGACGAUGAUGAUGAUGACGUCAUUAUUAAAAAUGAAGGCUGGGCAGAUUCAGUUGCUAAAAUCCUCGGCUCCAGUAAACCUAAGAAUAAAAAGACAUUGGUUUUAUCUCGUGCAAAGAAACUUGCUGACACACUAAAGAAGGAGAAAGAAGAGAAACCCACAUUUGAAGUCGUUGGUCAUGAAUCUACGGAAGUUAAAACUGAAGUUAAGAAAGAGUCCUCUGUGACUGAACCUCCAAUAAAGAAAAAGAAAGUUGAGAAAUCAGCUAUAAGAACUAAACCUAACAUCCUAGAGAAGGAUAGAGAAAGACUUCUAACAAAAAUAGCAACUAAAGGUGUAGUGCAACUGUUCAAUGCUGUAAGAAAUCAACAAAAAACUAUUGAAAAACAGACAAAAGAUAUACCAGAGGGAAAGAAGGAGAAGAUAUUAAAGAAAUUUGAUAAAAGAACAUUUUUAGAUACAUUAAUGGGACAAACAAAAUCAGUUAUUGUUGAAGAACAGACAAAAACAUUGAAAGAUGAAGUGAAACCAGAGUCUGAAAAACCAAGAUGGAAUGCACUAAGAGAUGACUUCAUGAUGGGUGCAAAAAUGAAAGAUUGGGAUAAAGAAUCAAUAGAUGAAUAAUCAAUAAAUUAUUUAUUAGGAA